CCUAAUUAGCAUAAAAAUUUUCAUUACGCUAUUAACCAAUUGUGUAGAGAAAAUUUACGCAUUCUUCGAUUUUAAUACUAUUAAUUAAUAGUUUAUAGUUUACAUCUCGAUAUCUAAUGGAUAUUAUCUAAUAAUUUGCAUCAUAUCAUCUACUGCUUGCUGUUCGUGUUAUUUGCGGGAGAUCGAUAUCAACUUGCGAAUUAACCACCCACGUACCCACCCUACACUCAUAUAUUCACGAGUCACACUUCUAUUUUACAGUUACUAAACUAUAUCAAUAUCAUUUAAUUCAACCACCAUACACGAAAUUACUCAUAUGCCAUCAUAAUUUAGGGGGCAAUUUCUAAUUCUAUUUAGUUACUAAACUAUACCACAGUUUAAUUUUCUACUACAGUAAUACACAACUAUUUUAUGCGUGUUUAGACAUUAUCGUAAAAUACAAACUAUAUUAUAUUAUUUUAAAAAGGAACCCACUUUCCGGCCAACGCGCUGGGCUCAAAGCUAGUAGAAAAGGAUGGUAAUGCAAUUUAACAUAGCGGUUUUCUGGUUUCCCGUAGUGCCCUACCAAAACCCCACUUUCACUUCUCCACCGCCGGCCCUAAAAUAUAUAGGUAAAUCCCCCCGCUUCUUUCUUCUUCCAGCCUCCCGCCCGCUCAGCAACUCAGGUCAGCAGAAUUGCUUGUUACUAGUUUAUACAAGGUAACCACACACACUAAAAAGGUAUCUAUUAACACACACGCAUAGGGUUCUUACCGUGAAGAAGCUGAAGCUGAAGCUGGCAAAGGGAACCUCGGAAAGAAAACAAAAAGGAGGAAAGAGGCGCGGGAGAUCUAUUUCGGUGGGAGAAGAUUCUCGAUCUCCACACCGCCGCUUCUGCCCAGAUACCAUCCCACUCUUGCUGCGCAUAUUGACAGUAGAAUCGGAAGCACCGGGUUUCCUGUUUUGACGGCAAAAAUCGCGAGCUCUGAGGUGCUUGUAACCUGCUUUUACCUUGAUUUCGUUUCCCUACUAGGGUUUCACUUUCUUUUUCGUUUUCUGGACCAUUCUGAAUCAUGCCUAUUCCACUCUUGUAGUUAGAAAGAAGAAGUGCAAGCAGAAAAAAGAUGCAUACUCAAGUUGUUGUUCUCAAUGACUCCUUGAAACGCGAGUCUGGACAAAAGGUCCACCAUGCUAAUAUCCAGGCCUCAAAGGCUGUUGCUGAUAUUAUUCGAACGACCUUGGGCCCUCGAUCUAUGUUGAAGAUGCUGCUUGAUGCUUCUGGAGGAAUUGUUGUUACUAAUGAUGGAAAUGCAAUUUUGCGUGAGUUAGAUAUAGCUCAUCCAGCAGCGAAGUCAAUGAUUGAGUUGAGCCGUACACAAGAUGAAGAAGUGGGAGAUGGAACAACAUCUGUUAUUGUUCUUGCUGGGGAGAUGCUACAUGUUGCAGAAGCUUUCAUUGACAAAAAAUAUCAUCCUACAGUUAUAUGUCGAGCAUACAACAAAGCUCUAGAGGAUGCUGUUGCUGUGCUGGAUAAAAUUGCUAUGACGAUUGAUGUGAAUGACCGUGGAAUAAUGUUGAGCCUUGUGAAGAGCUGUAUUGGCACGAAAUUCACUAGUCAGUUUGGAGACUUGAUUGCUGAUCUUGCAAUUGAUGCUACCACUACUGUUGGUGUUGACCUCGGCCAAGGUCUGCGGGAAGUGGAUAUCAAGAAGUAUAUCAAGGUUGAGAAGGUUCCUGGCAGCCAGUUAGAGGAAUCCAGAGUUCUCAAAGGCGUUAUGUUUAACAAAGAUGUGGUGGCCCCUGGAAAAAUGAGGAGAAAGAUUGUUAAUCCACGUAUCAUUCUUCUUGAUUGUCCACUGGAGUACAAGAAAGGUGAGAAUCAGACAAAUGCCGAGCUGGUUAAAGAAGAAGACUGGGAACUUCUGCUGAAAAUGGAAGAGGAGUACAUUGAGAAUAUCUGCUCUCGAAUUCUAAAAUUUAAACCAGAUUUGGUGAUCACGGAGAAGGGUAUUAGCGAUUUGGCAACCCACUAUCUAAGCAAGGCUGGUGUCAGUGCAAUCAGAAGGCUGAGGAAGACAGACAACAACAGAAUUGCAAAGGCAUGUGGGGCUGUUAUUGUGAACAGACCUGACGAGUUGCAAGAAUCUGAUGUUGGUACCGCAGCUGGGCUGUUUGAGGUUAAGAAAAUUGGAGAUGAGUUCUUCUCCUUCAUUGUUGAUUGCCAGGACCCAAAGGCUUGUACGGUUCUCUUGAGAGGUGCUAGCAAGGAUCUCCUAAACGAGGUGGAAAGGAACUUGCAGGAUGCUAUGGCUGUGGCCAGAAACAUACUUAAGAACCCAAAACUUGUUCCUGGAGGCGGUGCUACUGAGCUAACUGUAUCUGCUACACUAAAGCAGAAGAGUUCUUCUGUUGAAGGCAUUGAAAAGUGGCCUUAUGAAGCAGCUGCUAUAGCUUUCGAGGCUAUUCCACGAACUUUGGCCCAAAACUGUGGUGUUAAUGUGAUCCGGAAAAUGACCGAGUUGCAAGGACUACAUGCAAAUGGAGAGAAUGCAUGGACUGGCAUUGAUGGGAACACUGGUGAAAUCAGUGACAUGAAAGAGAGGAAGAUAUGGGAUGCUUACAACGUGAAGGCGCAAACAUUCAAGACGGCGAUAGAAGCAGCUUGCAUGCUUUUGAGGAUUGACGACAUUGUUAGUGGAAUCAAGAAGAAACAGGCCCCUGGGGCUGGUCCAUCCAAGCCACAGGUGGAGACUGAAGCUGAUGCUGAUGGAGAGCAGAUUCUUCCCGACUGAAUACUAUGUUGCUCUUUAAAUCUUUGUGGAGUCGAUCUGCAUCUAAGGAUCCUGUGGAGGAAAGCACUUUCAAGUAUGCAACUCGUGAUGCUCAACUAUGACCUAGCAUUUUGCGGCGUGCCUCUGACGUUGCUGGCCUUUGCCUUGCUGUGUGGUCAAAUUCUAUUCUGACCGAGAAUUUGGUUUAAACAAAUCUACUAUAACUGAUAUUAGCAAAGAUAGUUUCCUUUGGUUCUUUCAUAGAUUGAUAACUAUGUUGUAGCUACUAUUUAUCCUUGAAGAAUUUUGAAGCCAAAGACGUAGUAUUUGAGAUUGUUUACAGAUUAGUUUCGGUAAAUUGCAAGUUUGGUAAUUGAGAUUUUUGGCCACUAAAAUUUUUUUAUUCCAUUUGUGGUCACUACAAUUAGUUUAGUAUUUCAAGUUUGGUCACUCUUCGUACAACUUCGUUAGUUUUUACUUAUGUGGUAGUUAACUCUUAUAUUUGACCGUUAAAUAUGGCAUGGCAAUUAAAAAAUAAAUAAAUAAAAUUUAUUAUUUUUUAUAUUUUUCACCUCAUUUCCAGCUAUUAAAAAUAUAAAAAAUAAUUAAUUAUAUUUCUGUCGGAUUCACCUCUCUCCUCUCUGCACGUAGUCUGUCGUUCACUCUUUUGCCGGCUAGUUGCUAACUCUUUCGAAUCUCUAGUCGUCGUCCCAUCGUACAUAUAUCCAAAUCCCUAAUAGUCCCACAGGUCACUCCUACACUUUAAACGUAACCGACGACGACAAUUGAGGUUGUAUUGUUAGUGAACUAUCCCUUUCCCAACAACUCGAGUUGUUGGGAAAGGGAUAGUUAAGCCUUUUAACCUCUUAUACGCCCCAUGAAACGAAAGCCGAUGCCGAAUUGUGGAUAUUUACGGUUUGCACAGGUUGAAUCCUUGUGCUGCCAAACCACGAAGCUUUAGUUUGCACAGGUUGGACAUACCAUUCCUUGUGCUAAACGAAUUGGCAUGAAAUGGGGGUUGUUAUGAGGAUUCGAAACCAUGACUUUUCGGUUCUAGGCUCUGAUACCAUGUUAGCGAACUAACCACUUCGUCCCAAUAACUCGAGUUGUUGGGAAAGGGAUAGUUAAGCCUUUUAACCUCUUAUAUGUAUGCAUGCCGCCAUGAUCGUCGGAAUCCCGAUUUCCAAAUCCCUAAUUGUGGCUGAGGUCUAUCACUCCAAUAUGUAGCGAUGAUUGACAUAAGCUACAAAUAUUUCACCAUGGAAGAUGUUGAGGAAAGAUCAAUAUAUGAAGGACAAGACGAGGAAGGAUGUCGACCGAGGGAUUGAAAUAGCUCCCCCAAAAGUUGGUUCAUGGACAAGUCCAGCAAUGCCAGAGUGGAGAUGUUUGAGAUGCAUUGUUUAAUCGGGCCGGAGAAUUGGUUACUGGAUAAUACCAGGGCCAUGAAUCAAAGGAACGGCUAGGGUGCUAAUUUUAUAGGAGUUAGCACCGUUCUAACUACUUUAAUCACCGUUCAUUGUUUUUAAAUCUAAUCUAACGGUGCGAGUAGUCAUGGGUGUUGGGUAUUUGAGAAAAAUUAAUAAAUUAAUAAAACUUUA